ACAGGCCCAGGAUACCAUCCAGAUACAUGGGGAAACUGCACGUGAAGGCGGCGGUGAUCGGAGCCGGACUGGCGGGUCUUGUUGCAGCGAGGGAGCUCUGCCGCGAGGGGCACCAAGUGGUGGUUUUUGAGAGGGCCAACGAUGUUGGAGGCACGUGGCUAUACGACCCUCGGAUCGAAUCCGACCCGCUGGGGUUGGAUCCAGGCCGCAAUAUUGUCCAUGCCAGCAUGCAUCGGUCGCUCCGGGUGAACCUGCCGAGGCAACUAAUGGGUUUCUCGGACUACCAGUUUCUCAAGAAGGGAUGCGGGGACCCGAGGAGCUUCCCGGGUCACGAGGAGGUGCUCCGGUUCUUGCGUGGCUUCAUGGAGGAUUCCGGGCUGAUCGAGCUGAUUCGGUUCGGGCACGAAGUGGUUCGGGUCGAGCGAGCCGUCGAGGGGAGACGGGACCAGUGGGCUGUGGAGUGGCGGACGUGCGGAGGGGAGGAGGUGGCCGGUGUCGAGGUUUUUGAGGCUGUGGUGGUUUGUAACGGCAAGUACACCCAACCAAAGAUUGCUGAAUUUCCAGGGAGAUCUACAUGGCAAGGAGAACAGCUACACAGUCAUAAUUAUCGAGUUCCUGAGCCAUAUAAGGAUAAGAUUGUGUUAAUAAUAGGAAGAGGGGUUAGCGCAAGCGAAAUAGCCCAGGACAUCUUACCUUUUGCCAGAGAAGUUCAUCAGGCCUCCAGAGAAACAAAUCUCGAAGUUGUGAAAUUAAGAAAAGUCCCCGGUGUCUUCCAACAUCCCAUGAUUGCAUGGGCCGACGAAGAUGGUAGAUUAGUGUUCCAAGAUGAAUCGUCUAUGUAUGCAUAUGUCAUCAUCCAUUGUACUGGAUAUAGAUACCAUUUUCCAUUUCUGAAGACCGAGGGACUCGUGAAUGUGGAUGACAACCGUGUGGGGCCUUUAUAUAAACAUGUUUUCCCGCCAAGCCUAGCUCCUUGGCUCUCUUUCAUUGGCAUACCCUAUCUGACUUUUCCAGCACAACUUAGCGAGUUACAGUCGAGGUGGGUGGCCAAGGUUUUAUCUGGAGAAUUGGUGUUGCCAAGUGACGAAGAGAUGAUGUCUUCUGUUCAAGAACAUUACCAGCACAUUGAAGAGCUUGGAUGGCCCAAGCGUUUCACUCACAGGCUUGAACAGGGAAAGUUUGAGUACGAGAAAUGGCUUGUGGAUCAAUUGGGACUUCCAUCCAUGGAACAACGGAGUGAGAAGAUGGUUCUCAUUCUUUCCGAAUUGUUCAAAUUCCGGCAAUUUGCUGAUGAACAUUGGCGGGACAACUUGGAUGUUGAAAAGUUGAUGCAAGAAAAUCAAGCAAAAUCAUUGAAUUGAUCUUGAAGAUCGAUUGGAACACUUGCAACACUAGGAAGAGACAUGAGAGUCAAAUCUGAAAAGAGAGCGACAAAGAGUUUGAUUUGGAUGUGGGGUAUCUAUUGUAAGAGUUUUUUUUUUUUUUUUCUAAUGUGGGUUGCAUUAAUUGAUAUUAUAAUUUACUAUUCAGUCCUUGUGUAAGGUGAGAUAUUUUUUUUUAAUUAGUUUAAUAUGAGACUGGUUAGUGUGGGCCGAAUUAACCUCGGCUUGUAAUGAGAGGGCCUGAUUAGAAACUCUAUAAAUAUUAUUCAAGUCUCUCCUCUAGCCCUUAAUACACACAAAUAUCCUCACCAAGGAGCGUUUACUAAGCGCUAAGGGUGAAGAGCCAUCUCAUUGAGCUAGUGAUAUAGAGGGCAAUGAAGAAGAAGUUCUUGAGUUUGGAUUGUCGCUAU